UCAACAUCAGCAUUCGCUCUGGUGUCAACCCGGAGCACAGUGCGCUCCACAGCGGAGACGGUCAAAUCGACUCUACGUACAGCAUUUACGCCAAGAUGUCCAUGGUCCGCAGAUCUAGUAUGGACAGGAUGUCCUCAAGCAUGACAUCCAGCAUGACUGGAAUGGGACUUGGUGGCAUAACUGGACUAACAUCUGGAAUGAGCACUCUCAGCUGCAUGAGGGAGCAGCAGAUGACUGUUGGUGGGAUGCCUUCGAACUACGUGCCUGGUCUAUCGGCGUAUUACAAUAUUUCGAGUUUCUGUCAGCGCCCUGGGCAAACCCGUCGCUGGCCGAUGCAGCGAGCGGGGCCCACGGCGCAGCAUCGCCCUGGACGUUCCCAUAGCACCGGAUCGUUGCAUCGCAUGAAGCAUUCCAUGAGGAAUAGCCCGAACACCCAAUACACUCAUAACUUGAUCUGUAAGAUGGCAGAUCAGAAUGAGCGUCGUCGUCGUCAAGACACCAUGGAUAUGAUUCCUCAAAGUUAUUACUCGCAGCAACCGUUGAAAGUAGAGCUCACUGAGUUUUACUCGCGAGAUAACUCCAAGGAUCACCACACUGAGCAAUAUGACUUGGUGAACGAUAACAUUCUACCCAACCCUGUGUUGAGAAGGGGGCAGAACUUCUUCUUCGCCGUUCGAUUUGAUAGAACUUAUGACAAGCAGCAGGAUAUGAUCCGCGUCGUGUUCUGCUUUGGACCUAAACCGAGCGUCACCAAGGGUACUCGGAUUGUCUUGCCUGUGAACUGGAGCAAUCAGCAAGGAGUCUUCCAACAUUCUCGUGACAUGAUGGGAAUGGGCAUGGGCAUGGGCAUGUCUCGAAUGCAAGAUACUAGCACGGCCAUGGGCACCAUGGGCUCUAUGGGUACUAUGGGCACAAUGGGAACGAUGGGUACAAUGGGAACUAUGGGUACCAUGGGUUCCAUGGGCCCAAUGAGCGGCAUGAGGGAAACAACUACUUAUGGUGUACGUCGUAGCUCCUUCAGUAACGAGCCAUUGCCACUGCAGCACAGCCCGCUCAGCCCUCAUGGGCCUAUGGACAGACCAAUGAUCGAUCGUUAUGGUGGAACUACGCAGCAUUCCACCUUCGGCCGUGGAUAUGGUUCACGCCAUGGGUCUCGGCACGGGUCCAUGCAGAACUUGGCAUCUCUUGCUCAUGAUAUGGAUCGGUGGGACAUUAGCAUCCAAAGACAAGAUGGAAAUACGAUCACUUUCCAAGUUCACGUGCCGGCCACCGCUCCUGUGGGUGUAUGGAACUGCUGGGUUCAGACCAACCGCUUUGGCCAGCGUGACAACCGCCACGAUUACAAAUGUGACGAAGAUGUCUACAUUCUGUUCAACCCAUGGUGUCGUGAGGAUCCCGUUUACAUGGAUAACGAAUCUUCAAGGAAGGAGUACGUUCUUAAUGAGCAAGGGAAAAUAUGGUGUGGCACAUGGCGCCAGCCCAAGGGACGCAAAUGGAUUUAUGGCCAGUUUGAUGACGUGGUUCUACCUGCUUGUAUGUACCUGCUGGAACGCAGUGGUCUCGAGCACUCAGAGCGCGGUAAUCCGAUACGAGUUUGCAGGGCUAUUUCAGCAAUGAUCAAUUCAAAUCACGACGACGAUGGGCUCAUGGUAGGUCGUUAUGACGGCGAAUAUAAGGAUGGCGUGGCACCACAUGCUUGGACGGGAUCGGUGGCCAUCUUGGAACGUUACUUGACAGAUGGCGGUAGACCAGUUGAAUACGGGCAGUGCUGGGUAUUUUCUGGUCUUGUCGUUACCAUUUGCAGAGCUUUGGGUAUCCCAUGCCGUUCGGUUACCAAUUACGUAUCCGCUCAUGACACCAACCGAACCUUCACUGUCGACAAGUACUUUGACCGUGAUGGCAACGAAGUGCCUAAUGGUCCAGAUGAGGACUGCUACGACUCCUGCUGGAAUUUCCACGUCUGGAACGAUGUUUGGAUGCAACGUCCGGACUUGCCUCAAGGAUACAGUGGCUGGCAGAUCAUCGAUUCUACACCCCAGGAGGAAGCAGAAUCGGUGUACCACUGCGGUCCCGCCAGUGUUGAAGCGGUCCGUCGUGGGGAGGUUGGAUUCCAAUACGACACCCCGUUCAUGUACUGCCAGCUUAACGCUGAACUUUGCCACUUCCAAGAGGAAGACAACUCGGAAUGGGGAUUCAUCAGAAUGGCUUCGAAUCAAUAUCAAGUGGGCCGCAAAAUUCUUACCAAGAAUCCUAACCGUGAUGACGACGAAGGUGAAAGCGACAUGCUUGAGAUCACUCACGAAUACAAGACAGUGGAUAGCUCGUCUCCUGAACGCCUCGCAGUGAUCGCCUCUUGCCGUGGCUACCAGCGCCUGCAACAGUAUUACGAAUACCCUGACCGCAACUUCGAGGACGUUUACUUUGAUCUUAUGGACAUUGACAUUGUACCAUAUGGACAGCCUUUCGACUGCACCAUGAAUAUUCAGAAUAAAUCUCACGAGGAUCGUACCAUUUGGUGCGUGUUGACUGCAUCCUCUUGCUACUACACUGGAGCGAUUGCAUCUCGGCUCCGAAGGGCUCAGGGUGAAUUCAUAGUGAGGGCUGGCCAGCGUGAAGUUCUCAAGCUACACGUCACACCCCAGGAGUAUAUGGACAAGCUGGUAGACCAUUCCAUGAUCAAGGUGCAUGCUAUGGCAUACGUCAAGCAAACGCGUCAGGCCUGGUCCGAUGAAGAUGACUUCCCGCUUCACAAGCCAAGGAUGCAAGUGCAGGUGAGGAGUCAACCAUGCAUGGGACAAGAAUGCGCUGUGACGUUCAGCUUCCAGAAUCCUUUGAACGUUCAUCUCACCGACUGCUACUUCACAUUCGAAGGGCCCGGCGUGCAGAGGCCACGACAGAUCCGCUUCCGCGACGUCAAGCCGGGUGAGUUCGUGAACUACCAGGACAAGUUCGUGCCACGACGACAUGGGGAACGUCGUAUUGUGGUGACGUUCUCGUCGCGGCAGUUGGACGAGAUCUUCGGUUGCACGAUGGUGAACGUGCGCGGCUAGCUAGCCCCCGGGCCCCGAGCGGCCUCGCCGCGAACAUCCCCGGGGCCUACCUCUCCUGCCGCGGCGCAAAUGGAACGCUCCUACGUUUCUUAUGUAGCGCCGGAACAACACUUGUAUGUUCAAGAGGAGGAAGUCGUCAUCUUAAAAUCCAUAUAACGCCGUACAUGGUCGUGUUAACGUGUAACUUCCUCACAAACUUUUUAAGGCUCUGUACACAACAGUGUUCAGUCUCAGUGUUGACUAGAUUUAAUUUUUCUAUUUACUUUACUAUAACUACGACGACUUGGCUUACGAAAGGGACAUAUUUAUCGAUAAUUCAGCUGUGUGCGACACAUUCACCGAUCAAAUGCAUAAAAUAAUAAAAAAAAA